AUGUCCGUCAUAUCCACACCUAUAACCGAAUUAUUCGGCAUCAAACACCCUAUCUUGCUUGCUGGGAUGAACGUAGCAGCAGGUCCUGAGCUUGCAGCUGCUGUUACCAAUGCUGGAGGACUAGGGGUCAUUGGAGGGUUUGGGUAUACGCCCAAGGUGUUGAGGCAGCAGAUCAAAGCCAUUAAAGAGGAUCUGAAGGACAAGAAUGCACCGUUUGGUGUUGACCUUUUGAUUCCUCAGGUAGGGGGAAAUGCGAGGAAAACUAACUACGACUACACCAAAGGCAAACUCGACGAACUCAUCGACGUCAUCAUUGAAGAACGAACCCGACUCUUCGUUUGCGCCGUCGGUGUCCCACCUCACGACGUCGUCGACAGACUUCACAAAGCCGGGAUCCCAGUCAUGAACAUGGUCGGUCACCCAAAACACGUACAGAAAGCCUUGGAUGCCGGUGUAGACAUUAUCUGUGCACAGGCUGGAGAGGGGGGUGGGCAUACGGGCGAUACACCUGCGAGUAUUCUGAUUCCGGCUUGCGUGGAUGCGGUUAAAGGUAAGAAAGCACCGUUGAAUGGGGGACCCGUGUAUGUGGUUGGUGCCGGUGCGGUGUAUGAUGGGAGGAGUUUAGCUGCCAAUUUGAUGUGGGGGGCACAGGCUGUCUGGGUAGGAACGCGGUUUGUUGCAUCGAAGGAAGCGGGAGCAACCAAGAUGCACAAGGACAUUAUUGUUAAUGCCAGUUUUGGUGACGAUAUACGAACGAUCAUUUUCACUGGUAGACCGUUGCGAGUGAAAAGGACCCCGUAUGUUGAUGACUGGGAAAGGAACAGACAGGGCGAGAUCAAAGAAUUGACUUCGCGGGGUAUCGUUCCAGUUUUCCAUGAUGUUGAAAAGCAUCCCGAUAAGUCGAUGGCUGCUCGUCCGUGGUUGAUGGGUUCCGUGGCUGCGUUGAUUAAGGACGUUCCGCCUGCCAAAGACAUCGUCGAGAAUAUGGUUAAUGAGGCCGCUGAACUGCUUCAGAAGGGUAGUCAGUUGGUCAAAGUUGGACCAACGGCGAGGCCCAAGCUGUAG